AUGGGACAUGCUGAACCCGGCAUGGGUUCACUCAAUGACCAAGAGCCUGACGCAGUCGACGCAGGGCCAACUCUCCUUGAAGAGCAGACCGAGAAGGUUCUCAUCAGAAAAAUUGACCUGCAUGUCCUUCCAUUCGUGGUGUUAUUGUAUCUUUUCAGCUUUUUGGAUCGAGUCAACAUUGGAAAUGCGCGAUUGUACGGCCUUGAAGAGGACUUGGGACUGGUUGGCAACCAGUACCAAGUAGCCGUGUCCAUCCUCUUUGUGACUUACUGUUUCUUCGAGGUUCCCUCGAAUCUUGUACUCAAGAAAUUGAGACCGUCUCGGUAUAUUGCCACGAUCGCAGUGCUGUGGGGGACCAUUGCAACUCUCACAGGCAUAGUUCAAAAUUAUGCCGGCCUGAUCGCUUGCCGAGUUCUACUCGGGGUUGUAGAAGCAGGGCUCUUCCCAGGCUUCAUCACCUACCUUACUCUGUUUUAUAGUAAACGGGAGAUCGCUCUGCGUACAAGCUACCUGUUCAGCAGUGCGGCUGUCGCAGGAGCCUUCGGCGGUUUAUUGGCUUACGGCAUUGGAUUCAUGGAUGGCAUCGCCGGACUGCGAGGCUGGCGCUGGAUCAUGAUCAUCGAGGGGAUCCCGACAGUUCUACUUGGUGUGGUGACUUGGUUUGGGUUGGCAGAUGAUCCGGACACGGCGUACUAUCUCAACAAAGAGGAGCGGGAGCUUGUUGUCCGCCGCCGAAGUCGUUACACCGGCCAGACCGAGUCUGCGCAGAAAUUUCACUGGGCAGAUGUCAAAGAGGGUGUGCUCGAUUGGAAGAUCUGGGCAUUUUCGAUUGGCCAGUUUGGUGUCGAUACGAUGCUCUACGGAUACAGUACUUUCCUUCCUACCAUCAUCAAGGGCAUGGGCAGAUGGACGACCGCUGAGGUCCAGGCCUUGACGAUUCCUUGCUACGCACUGGGCGCAAUUGCAUAUCUGAUAAUUGCCUGGUUGAGUGAUCGUACCCAACAACGUGCCCUCUUCAUCUGUCUCUUCAGCAUCAUCUCGGUCGUUGGCUAUGGUAUCCUGAUUUCGGAUUCGUCUUCGGGUGUUCAUUACUUCGGUGCCUUGAUGGUCGCCCUGGGGCUAUACGUUGCAGUCGGCUUACCCCUAGCCUGGCUCCCUACGAACUUGCCGCGAUACGCAAAACGCACCUAUGCCACCGGCCUGCAGCUUACCUUCGGAAACAUCAGUGGAGUCAUGUCCCCUUUCCUGUAUCCCAAUUCGGAAGGCCCGCGCUUCGUCCGUGGUAACGCUGUCACGUUGGGGUUAGUUGGAUUUGCAGGCGUUGUAUAUGCUGGCAUGUGGUACUGCUACCGAACAAUCAACAGACGCAGAGCUCAGGGUCUGGAGGAUGAGAAGGUCUCGUCUUUGUCGGAACAGGAGAUCCAGGAAAUGGGUGAUCGAAACCCCAGGUUCCUAUACACCUUAUAA